GACGCUGGCUUGGAGAUCGUCGCGCCGCAGGAGGGCAGCUACUGCGCCGUCCACUUCUGCGAGAGCUGUCGCGACUGGUUCGCGGCGAGCCUUCCGAACGUCUCUUUCGAGGACGUGGCGAGGGAGAUGCAGGGCGACGAAGCCAAGGCCACGGAGAUCUCCGACGCCAUCAACGGCGACGCGGACGCGGACGAGGCGAAUGGCGGCGAGGAUGAGGAGACGUUAAACGUGGCCGCUUACCAGCACGAGGAGAUUGGCACUUGGAUUCAAGACGAGUUCGACCUCUUGUCCUACACGGACGUCGCGUCGAUCACGGGCAAGACCCCAGCCCAGAACAAGCUGAAACCAAUCAAACGAAAGGCCCCCACUGGCAACAUUGAGACGCGUUACCCUUUUGCUACUCGCAAGUUCCCUCGGCUCUUGGUGUUCACCAAGCAGAGCUCGGCACUCAACGCUGACAUCGCGAAGCCUUGCCCCAGGAAGUUCGCCAGCCAGGGGUCUAUGAUCUUGGGGGCGAUGCGCAAGGCCGAUGCAGCAUCGAGUGGCGUGGGUAGCUGGUGCCGACUGCACUGCUUGGACGACGAUUCGGUUCAGCCUGGCUUCGCGCCGCCUCCAGACCGCAACAAUCCGAUGGUGUCUCCAGCGGCUACCAAGCAGAAGAUCGUUGCAACUCCUCCUUCGGCUUCGGGCCAGCCAGCUUCCGGAGUGACUGAGAUCGUCCCGUUCACUGGCACGGACAGCGGCGACUCGGUCGAGUUCAUCGGUGGGCAAACGGCUUCCGAGAGCAUGGGCACGGACUCCCAAGCUGAGCUUGCGAUCGCACUCACGGAGAGCAAGAACGAUAGCUUGGCGGCCAUGCACUGGCCCACGCUUACCAAGCCGAGGAAGGUCGAGCACCUGCAGGUCGUGAAGUCUCCAACAGGCACCGUGCAACAUUGGAUUGAGCGCAGCCCGCUGGAGGAAGUCCAGCUCGGAGACGGCAAGCAGAGGGAGAGGAACCAGCUCGAUAUACUCAAGCGCAAGGUCAGCACAUCCGAGCUCAACCAGAUCGAGAACCAUUGGAAGCUCAUCGAUGCGGCGAAGGAUACGUGGACCCACCAUCUGAUGGAAGCCACGCCAACACGCAUGGACGAGAUCGGUAGAGCGAUCCGGAAGUCGGGGUACUCGCUGACCCCAGCUUGUCAGCUGAACUUCCUGCACGUCCACUACAGUCGAGCCUGGGAUGCCCCCAUUGAAUCUUCUGAUACAGCGCGUUACAUUGGUGACAUCAUGAGCCUGCUCCGCCUGUGGCGUACAACCGACGAAAAGUUCGACCAUGCCAAGCCCUGCCUGGGGGCUGUUGAUAUGAGCGACUCGCAGUGCAACGAGUACUUCUUGAACUACGUGGUGGACAGGAUCGCUACCUUGUUCCUCGCUGACGAGACGAAGGCGGCCCUUGCCGUGGAGUUAUGUAGUUCUCUGCUCAAGGCGUGGGAGUUACCAGAAGAGGAUGCGAUCAUUUCCAGGGCUCGCUGUGAAACCCUUGUUGCCAUCAAGAGGGUGGCGAGUGUCGUUGUGUUCCUUGACGACAUGGGCAGCGCCCUGCAGGAGGACAUGCACGGGGUCUUCGAUGACGUUCUCGAGCUGGAGUCGCAGAGGCACCAGAGCAGACAUCCCACGAUCUUCUCGGUCACGGGUGCUGCAUUGGCCUCGUCUCUCUACUGGGGUUCCAAGCUCGAGAAGGGGGCGAAUAAUGCCAAGAAGAUGAAGGAGAUCUCAACGGCCGAGAUCGCGAAGCUGCUGAAGCUCGUCGACAUGGUGCCGAAGAUCGAGGUUGAGAUGGAUGGCACUGGGGCCGCUCGGAAAUAUGAGGGUGAAGUUGUCGCCAAAGUCGUGGACGCGUCAAGGCGGCUGGUCGGCAUGGCGAGAGACAUCCCCCAGACUGACGCUGAGGAGCGAGAUCGGAUCAUGGUUCUCUUCACGGCGUUUGCGGAGGUCAUCUCGUUGUGCUCAAGGGUUUGCGCGCAGUCGGAGUCGAUCAAGGUCGCCCUUAUGACAUUCAAGACUGCUCGGGGCAACUUCACCGCUGACUUGAAGUUUGCCGCUCUCCGUGACUCGAUGGACAAGUUCUUGGCAAAUGCUUGCGAGGGUCUCGGCGUGAACGUCUUCCACGCCCUGUCGGAGCUGCGCGGACAGGAGUUGCCGAUCGACAUUGGCGACAAGCUGUCCAAGUGCGUCGAGCUCCUGUUGAGCUCGGGCCUGCUCUUCGACAAGGAGUGCAUGUGCCCGCAGUGGCUGGGCAUCAUAGAGGGCAUGCGCCACGUCCAAUCAUCGGGUCUUUCGGAGAAGUGGAAGCCCGUACUGACCGUUCUGGCGGCUUGGAAGGCCACCUGCGAUUGCGUGAAAACGAUUCGCAAGUUGGGCGCUGAGCCCGAGAGUAGGAUCCUCCAGAAGAGCUUCGCUGGAUGUCUGCAGGACCUCCAGACGGCCGAGCACAAGUUCAGAGUCUCGCUCGAGAAGCCCGCUGUGAAGGAGUUGUUGCCUGAGGACGCUGACCAGACCUUGCAGACCUACGGCGGUGACUUCACGUCGUGCCUGAAGGGGCAUGCUGAGGCCCACGUCGCCUUCCUUGGCAAGGUCGCCAAGGCCUCCAGCGACGUUCUGACCACCAUGGUGCGCGACGUGGGCAUGGAACAGCUCAUGGAUGCCAUUUCCACCGACACAGUGAACGGCGCCAUGACCAAGAACAGCGACUACCUCGACGAGUUCAGCUUCGAGUCCUCGAUCGUUGCGAUUCGCAAGAUGAUCAAGGCAUGGCUCGAGGACCAUGAGGUCUUCGAGGAGGCCGCGAACGCCAACGGCAGCACGGCUGCCGACGAUUCUGAUUUCCCGAGUGUGUUGAAAAUGGUGUCCACUAGGCUUCUCGUUGCUUCGGUUCUGAAAGUUUCCAGGGCGUACCCAGAUCGUUUCGCGCGCAGGGAGGCGAUGCUCAAAGUACAGUCUGCAAUCCGCGAGGUGAAACUCACCCCCAGUUGCCUUGGUGAGCACGUCCUUGCCGCAUACAAGAGUGCAUUGAACAUCUGA